AAGACAUGGCUAAAGUAGCAGCAGCAAUGAGCUCUCCUGGGAUUCAUCAUAUCUCACAAUGUUUUAUCAAACCAAAAAACACACCAGAAGAGGCAAAGCAACCGAUUUACUUGUCACAGUGGGAUCUAGCAAUGGUUUGCGUCAACUACAUUCAGAAGGGCCUUCUUUUUGCCAAGCCUCCAGCUUUCGACCGGGAAAAUCAGAUGAAGGACCUCUUGGAGAAGCUCAAGGACUCUCUUGCUCUCGCCCUGGAUCAUUUCUAUCCACUAGCAGGUCGUCUUGCAACUUUGAAACAAGAAAAUCCCCCAAUUUACUCCAUCUAUGUUGAUUGCAACAAUAGUCCUGGGGCGAGUCUUGUUCAUGCAUCCUUGAACUCGACCAUUGAUGAUAUUCUUUCGCAAAUUGACGUCCCAGAAAUUGUUCAAUCAUUCUUUGAUCGUGACAGGGCUAUCAACCAUGACGGUCACACGAGGCCGUUGCUGACCAUUCAAGUCACCGAGUUAAUUGAUGGAAUCUUUAUUGGUUGCUCGAUCAAUCACAUGAUUGUUGAUGGGACAGCUUUUUGGCAUUUCUUCAACACAUGGUCCGAGAUCUUCAGUGCCAAGGGGCAAAAGAUAGCCAUCUCCAGACCACCUAUCCACAAGCAUUGGUUUCCUGAGGGGCAUGGUCCAAUACUUAGCCUUCCAUUCACCCACCAUGAUCAAUUCAUACGAAGACAUGAAGCACCACAAAUGAGGGAAAGAGUCUUCCAUUUCUCAUCAGAGUCAUUGGCUAAACUGAAAGCUAAAGCAAAUGCUGAAUCCGACACCACCAAGAUUUCUUCAUUGCAGGCGUUGUCAGCUCAUGUCUGGAGAUGCAUCACGAGGACACGAAAUUUCCCACCUGAUCAGGAAACAAGCUGUCGGCUGGCAAUCAAUAACAGGACAAGAUUGCAUCCACCUGUGCCUCAGGAAUAUGUAGGCAACUGUAUUCAGACAGUGAGAGCAACUGCUGCUGCUGGUGAGUUGCUUGAUCGCGGGCUCGGAUGGUCUGCCUGGAAAUUGCACCUGGCAGUGCACAACCAUACAGAUGAAAUCGUUCGUGACUGGGUUGAAUCAUGGCUGCAAUCGCGCUUCAUUUACCAACUUGCUCAGUUCUUUGAUCCUUGCAGCAUAAUGAUGGGCAGUUCUCCAAGGUUCAACAUGUACGGCAAUGAAUUUGGCCUAGGGAAAGCGGUGGCAAUUCGAAGUGGUUAUGCAAACAAGUUCGAUGGGAAAGUUUCCCUAUAUCCGGGAAUCGAAGGAGGCGGAAGCAUGGACUUGGAGAUAUGCCUUUUACCACGUUCCAUGAGUCUUCUUGAGUCAGAUGAGGAGUUCAUGGAGACUGUCACUUUAUCAAGCUCAAGGGACUAAUCUUUUAGUUCCUUCAGUGUACAACAAUAUUCAGAUCAAAUCUUGGUUUCUGCCUUAAUGCCAUUGUUGAAAUAAUUCUUGAAUGGAAGUAUCAAUUUUAAUUUAAAAUUUUGUUUAU